GGGUCUCCCCCCGGAGAUGGGGAAGUACAGGGGGAAGGAGAGAAGCAAACUUAGUUCUCUUUUCUAGAGGGCUCGCUUUUCCCGGGGUUGCGGCUCUCCCCUGCUCGGGGACGCUGAUGGAGGAAGCGGCGCCAUUUAGCGUUAGCCCCACGGACCGGCGCUUUUCGACCUGCGGGGCGGGAGCCGUGGCAGAGCCGCGUUAGAGCUCGCACCAAGAUCUGCGGGCAUGGGUGCGGCCUUGAGGGGCAGCAAGAAAUGCAUUUAACUGAAAUACUCACCUGUGUAAUUUUUCCUGACUUUUUAAGGCCUUGUAUUUCUUCUUCUCUGAAAAUCCCAUUCUUCUGUGAUGGUCUUGAUGCAGAGCGAGGUUACAUGUGAGGGCACAGAACGUAAUUGCUGGACACUUGUAUUUACAGUGGCUGUGCUGCAUCUAAUGUGCAGCAACCUCAGGUUUUUGAGAUCUGGCCUGAGCUAUACCUAGACACAGCGGCAGAAGCGCUACUGGUCCCGGGGCAGAGGGGGUGCAUGUGUGUAGAGGGGUCAGAGAUGCUUUUCCUUCUCCCCUUCUGAGGCUGGCUGAUUUGUGUCCUGCAGGAUCCCAGAGUCCUGGACAGCAUGCUCCCAUACCUGACGGCCUACUAUGGCAACCCUCACUCCAGGACCCAUGCCUACGGCUGGGAGAGCGAGGCUGCCAUGGAAAAGGCGAGGCGGCAAGUUGCGGAUUUAGUAGGAGCUGAUUCAAGGGAAAUUAUAUUUACCAGUGGUGCAACAGAAUCAAAUAAUAUGGCAAUUAAGGGUGUUGCAAGGUUCUAUAAAUCCAGAAAAAAGCAUAUCAUUACUACGCAAACAGAGCACAAGUGUGUGUUGGAUUCCUGCCGUUCCUUGGAGACAGAAGGUUUUCGGGUCACCUAUCUACCUGUUAAAAAAAAUGGGCUCAUAGAUUUGAAGGAGUUGGAGGCAGCGUUCCAGCCAGAUACAAGUUUGGUUUCUGUAAUGACUGUGAAUAAUGAAAUAGGAGUAAAGCAGCCAAUUCGUGACAUUGGUGAGAUCUGCCGCGCACAUAAGGUUUUUUUCCACACAGAUGCUGCACAAGCUAUUGGUAAAAUUCCUAUGGAUGUCAACGACAUGAAAAUUGAUCUAAUGAGCAUCAGUGGCCAUAAAAUUUACGGGCCCAAAGGGGUUGGUGCUAUCUAUGUUCGCCGUCGACCACGCGUCAGGCUGGAAGCCCUGCAAAGUGGGGGAGGCCAGGAGAGAGGACUGCGGUCUGGGACUGUGCCCACUCCUUUAGCAGUGGGCCUGGGGGCAGCAUGUGAAGUGGCACAGCAGGAGAUGGAGUAUGACCACAAGCGAAUCUCACAACUGGCAGAACGACUGGUUACAAAAAUAAUGAGUGAAGUUCCUGACGUGGUUAUGAAUGGAGAUAGAGAGCAUCGCUAUCCAGGAUGCGUCAAUUUAUCUUUUGCAUAUGUGGAAGGGGAGAGUCUUCUGAUGGCUCUGAAAGACGUGGCCCUGUCUUCAGGAAGUGCUUGCACGUCAGCUUCUCUGGAGCCUUCUUACGUUUUGCGGGCAAUUGGAACAGACGAAGACUUGGCUCACUCAUCUAUAAGAUUUGGCAUUGGUCGUUUCACUACAGAGGAAGAAGUAGAUUAUACAGUGCAGAAGUGCAUACAGCAUGUUAAGAGGCUGAGGGAAAUGAGCCCCCUCUGGGAAAUGGUGCAGGAUGGAAUUGACCUCAAAAGCAUUAAAUGGACUCAGCACUGAGAAAACGUUGCUAUCCAUGGAUGAGAUGUGGAUUAAAAAAUGCAUUUCCUGUACAUUCCUGAGCAAAUUAUGCAGCACUUCUGUUUUUUGACACUUGCAAUUUGACUGGAAAACUACACUUUCUGAUCACAAAGUGUAAGAAGCCAAAAAUGAAACUAGUCUUUAUCCUGGAGAAAGGCAGGAUGAUGUAACACUCAUUGCAUUUAUAUUGACACAGAGAAAUUUAUGCUAAAACAUAGUUUAUUUUGAAAUGUAUUUUCUAAUAAGAAAAUGUCCCUGUGUUACUCCAGGGCUAGUGGAAUCCUGUCGAGAGGUUGUUGCUUCUCAAUGUAAAACAUCCCAUGUAGCUGUUCCGUUUGCAGCACAGACUUAUUGCCAGGCCUCCCAUUCUUUCUGUUUGAGGUGGGCAUCCUGCAACAGCAGCUGGUUUUGUACAGCUCAGAUGCGUUGUACUGUGAGAAAUUCUCAGAUAGGAAGAAGCUUGGCAUUUCUAGAGGAAAAGGAUGCCUCAGUGUGGCUGUGUGCCUUCAUAGUUGUACAUGCAGUUAAGAACAAUUUUUUUCUGAAACUGAGUAUUUUUGGCUCUUUUUCCUUGGUUUUAUCUUCUUUUUGUGCAAUGCUUGUACAGACCAGUGUGCAUUAAUGCAAAACAUCCUUCUGUGUUACAGAGUUUAUGAUACAAUGAUGAUGCACUUUGCUGUCCCCUCCGCUGUUUUUUUCUGUGCAAUUUUUUUCUAAGUAAGGAAAGAAAACUUGAAUGACUGGGGGAGGGAGGUAGGCAGAAUAUGUCAGCUUCAGUUGCAGCACCAGUUUAGUUGGAACAUGAGUGGUGGAGGUGGUGGGAAGAGCAGAUGAAGUGCAAUGUCUUUUUCCCCUUGUGAUGAGUCCUUUUUUGUUGCUCAGAGUUUGCCUGUGGGCCCUUGGCUUCUGUCCCUUUAGGGAGUCUUGCCCGUUUGAGCCUGGGUGUUUUGUCUGGAGACAAGAGCAUGCAGCUCUGGAGCUUUCUCUGCCUGGCAGACUGUACUUCUGUCUGACUAGAGGCUUACAUGGGAAUCCAUUCCCUGCAAGUGCUGGGGGAAAGUGUCUCUCAAAAAGGGUUUCAUACCUUUGUUGAUCUUUCCAGUAGGAAACUUAACCCUGUAUUACGAAGUGCCUUUGUUUCAGUUGCAUAAGCAGACAGCUCUCAAAUUAGUUUUGUUGAUUGAUGGAUGCUGUGUUAGCUGCUGAAUUUAAUAUACCCUGUAGACAGUAUGUCUUCAGUCUUCAGUUCUGGAUGGUAUCUACCUCGAGGAUGAACCAUGUAAUGUAAAAGCUGAAGCUAAGUCUCACAAGGUGGAUUGUGUUACAGAAGCUUGUUCUUUCUUCUUUUUUUGUUACUAAGGACAGAUUUGGUUGGUUGUUUGUAAUGUAAAGCUAAUCCUCAGUUGUUCUGUUUGAAAUUAUUAGCUUUAGCAGUGUUAAUAUUGUAGGGCUGGCACUUUAUAUUUCAUCACAACAUUUUUAAAACUACCAUAUGCAUAAAUAGGUUUUAGAGGUGUUGUAUGUACUGUUUUAUCCUUGGGCUGUACAUGUUUUCUGGAUUAAGCAUGUGGCAACACUUCCCCAGCAUGUUUUUAUACUAUAUGUUUAUGAAAUUGUUCUUUGUGUUUCAUGGAUGAUAAAAAAAAUAUAGGUAAGACUUACAACUAGGCUAUUUCCAGUCUUUUCAGAUCCACCUUUCUGGCUGAAGUAUGCAGCACAAUCAGUAAGUUGCUAAACUGCAGCCUUUCAUUAGAGAACAGAGAAGGAUACACUAAGUUUUCUGUGAACACUGUUAGCUCUUUCUUGUCAUCGAGCUGAUGUUUGACUUUUGAUGAGUCAUUCUUCUCAAAUUCAGUGCCUCAUCUGAGCUAAUUUUUUUUAAAACUCAAAUAGCUUAUAUUGUAAUUAUUUUGAGAAAAGGGAGCCCCAAAUCUUGAAGAUUCUGAGCACCUCUUACGUGCUAAGAUUUGAAAUACAAGUGCUACGUGUAAAGGUUUGAGCAACUCAUUCAUACUGUUAAAUAUUUGAAAAUCUUAUAGGACAAGAUGAGGAAGAAUUUGUACUGGAGAUACUUUUCCCCAUGACAGAAAGAAAUAAUGCCAAGGAUUAAUGUCUGGUUGUCGACACUGAAUGCAGUUAAAGCUUUUUGUAUGGGGAAGUAAAUUCUUUGGGAGGAGAAUAUUAGAAAUGGAACUGCCUGUAACUCAGAAGUGAUGGAGCUGUGGGUUUUUGCAGGGGUUUUUUUUGUGAUUAAUUGGAGCCAUCUGCAGGGCAUUAAAUUAAUAAUACAAGGUGAGGAUGCCAGGAAGGUGAGGAUUAAGGGUCAUAAAAAUUGAACCAGUGUGACAAACAGGAAUAAAAUAAACUUCCAGUAGUGCAAGGUGAUUAGGUAGUACACAAGGGGAGCAAAAAAAUUCUCUGUGAGUGUUUCUAAAUGCUGAUAAAGCAUAUCACCUAGCUACAAAAAUUAUUUCUUCAGGAAGGAUAAUACAGAGUUAGAGUUAACCUGCUGUGGACUUGAGGAGACGGAGGAAGAGGGCCAGUUAACAGAUUUGUUGACAAUGUUAUACAGCCAGCCAUAAACUUAUAUGGGAUUUUUAAAAAUGAUAAAUUAACAUAAACAUUAUUGCUCCCAACAACAUACCACCUCUUCUCUUCGAUCUUUUAUGUGCCUGAUUGAUUAGCUUGCUGUUCUCUUUCUCUGGUAUGACUGCAGUCAUGGUCCAUUGUUUUCAGUCAAAUUGUUUCUGCUAACAACAUGUAUGCCUCGUGUUUUGAAGUGGUAAGUUUCCCAAAGCUGAAUCCCAAAAUGUUGGCCUAAGAGAUCUCUUCUCCAUUAAAGGCAGUUUUGAUUAAAUUUCAGGAUGGUGAAUAAGGUCCUGCACUGGAAGAAAGCAAAAUGCCAGUUUUUAAAAUGGACAAGCCGAGUGCUUGGGAGAACCGAGCACUCCGACAGCUGAUGUUUCUCAUAUCUGUCUGAAACACAGUAAUAAAAAAAGGCUGGUACAAGAUGCUCUUACAAGAAGCUCAUACUAACGGGCAAUCAAAGUGGUUCUGUGCUGAAUAG